UUAUAUCUAACGUGUCAGUCUGAUCCAAAAUCCUCUCUCAAAAAAUUCCCAAAAUUCCAGUUUUUAGGUAUUCACGUGUCCAAUGGAUUCCUUCUCAUAAUAAUUAGUGUUCUUGUGUGUGUUUUUUCAAUUUUAUGAGUACCUUGUUUAGUCUGUUGAUAAGCAAAUUAGGGUUUGAAAUCAGAAAGUUUUAGGGUUUGAUUUAUUUUUGGUGGGAAUAAUGCAUUCAGUUCCCAGUUUGGUUUGUUUAGUUCCUCAUUUGACACUGUUUAAUGGUGGAUUGUGUUCUCAUCGUUUGAAACAGCUUCAAAAGGGUGAUAGGCGUGGUAAUCUGUUUAGUUAACAUUAAUUUUUUAUUUUUUUAUUUUCAGCUUUUUAAUUUCGCUCUAGGUUUUUUUUCUUCUGGGUUUCUAUUGUUUAGCUGCAAUUUGGUUUAUUUAGCUCCUUGUUUGGUCUUGCUUUGAGAGAAUUCGCAUAGGUAAAGAUCGUUCAUUUGGAGGAUUUUGGUGGGCUUAAUUGAGAUUGAAUACGAGUGGUGUUAUUGAUGGACAUUAGCUCUGGAAGGCAUGGUAGUGCUGGUGGUGGUGUUUUGGUAGAUGAAGUUGAAAGCAAUUUUCGUAAAUUUGUGAGUGUAGAAGAUACUCGAGAAUCAUAUCCAUAUGAUGAAGAGGAUAAUAGUGAUGAGGAAGGAUCUGAAGAGCUUGAGCCUUAUGGACCUGAACUUGUUAAAAAGAGCGUGGAAAAGCGUCCUGAGGAUUUGUUAGAUGAUGAAGCUGAAGGACCUGAUAUAGCAUUGCAACAACUGUUUUCUGAAGGACCCAUACAGCCUGCAGAGCCGCUUGUGUCUGCCAUGAAAGGUAGCCGAGAGAAACUUGGAGGAUCUCCAGUGAAGCUGACUGUGAAAUGGGCCCCUGAUGUCUAUGAUCCAAUUCCUAAUUCAUUAUCUCAUUCUGUUAAAAGCAAACAGAAGAAGUCUAGAAAAGACAAAGACAGAGAAAGCAACAAUAACAACUACAAGAAAAAUGGGAAAAAAGGACAGAAGGGUAAAUUGCGAGGAGGUGGUAGUAAAGAAAAGAAGCAAAUUCGCAAAGGUGGAAAGUCUGAUAAGGGUUACGUAACAGUAUGCGACUCUGAUGACUCUGAUGAGUUCAAUGUCGGUAGCCCAGACUAUUGUGGAAGCAGCUUCCUCAAAAAGGCCCCAAGAAAUUUCCUCUACCCUGUUGCAGAGGCCUUGUGAAGCGGCAUCUUCAUUUGACAGCUUGUCAUAUGUUUUAGAGCCUGUGUUAAUAAAUAAACUUAACUAAGAAGCUUCUUUGGAUCAGAUAUGUUCAACCUAUUCCAGUGCUUUUGAUGUUGCUGAAUUUUGUUAUGUUUGUGGUGCUGCUGCUUGACCUGCUUGUGCAACGUUUUUAUUAUAUAUAUACAUAAUUUGGCUUAUAAAGUGA